AUGUCCUUCAUGAAGGAAUUUCAGCAUCUAAAAAUACAACUGGAGGAUAUAAAAUCAGCCACCGACGAUUUUGGUGACCACAGAGUCAUUGGCGUUGGCGGAUUUGGAAAAGUUUACAAGGGAGAAGUGUUUCACUCUAAGGGGCGUAGCAUGGCUGCUUUCAAAUGUCUUGAUCGUAAACAUGGUCAAGGAGACGUCGAGUUCUCAAAAGAGAUCAGGACACUUUCCCAUUACAAGCAUGAAAACCUCAUCUCCCUCCUUGGAUUUUGCGAAGAUGGUGGUCAGAAGAUACUCGUCUAUGAAUAUGCAUCUAACGGAAGCCUUGACCGCCACUUAGCUUCUCCUGCUCUUAAUUGGAAGCAACGUAUCCAGAUAUGCCUUGAGGCUGCAAAGGCGCUUGAAUACCUUCAUGAUCCAAAGGGGAGACACUCAAGAGUUCUUCAUUGUGAUAUAAAAAGUGCCAACAUCCUACUGGAUGAUAACUGGAUUGCUAAGCUUUCUGACUUGGGGCUCUCAAAAAUGGGCCCUGCUAAUCAGCAACACACGUUUCUGAUCUCGAAUGCUGCAGGUACAUUUAUGUACUGUGAUCCGUUGUAUCUAGAGACGGGAUUUCUAUCCAAAGAAUCUGAUGUAUACUCUUUCGGCGUGGUUCUAUUUGAAGUUUUAUAUGGGAAAUUAUGCUAUGAAGUUAUAGCGGGUCGGUCUCAAAUCUUAGUGCCUACUUGGAAACAGAACUAUGAAGAGAAGAAGAUAGGUGACGUACAUUUCUUACAAGAUAUGGACCCUACUUCUUUGAAAAUAUUUUCACACAUUGCAUAUCAAUGUUUGAAGAGAUCUCGCAAAGAUCGACCCAGGAUGGUCGAUGUUGUCAAAGAACUUGAACUUGCACUCAAAAGUCAGGUUUUUAGUGAAGGAAUGGAACAACUAGUCAACUAUGAAGACAUGGCGCUGGCUGCAGAACCUCCUCUCAACUACGGAUCAAAAGCAGAGCUCAUGAUGCAUCUAUCCAAACAAGGGGUCCUUCUUAACGGCGGCAACACGUGGUUUUCAUUGAAUACGAAGGGGGAACACUGUGAGAUGAUAUCUAUCGCAAAAUAUUUCCAGCAGGCUGCUAUAAACUACAUAAUCAUACUCCAUUCAGAACACGUGUUAGAACUCAAUUCUUAUCACCACUAG